GUGACCAUUGGUGAAGGGCUAGUGGCGGCUCCCUGGGAACUAGUGCUGGGGCUGGGUGUCUCUCCUGGGCAGGAGCUAUUGGCUCCUUGCCUCCGCUGGGGUGGAGAGCUCCAGCCUGACCAACUGUGGAAUAAAGCCCUCCCGUCUCCCCUCCUGGGUGGGUCUGGCUUUUGGGGUAGUACUUGGCAUGGGGAAGGGGCAGAGCCUCUGUGCCGCACACAGCUGCUUUUCCACCUUCCUGUUUUGUUUGCCUCCUGGCCCUGGCAUGAAAUAAGUCCUGUUUGAGAGGGUGGAGGCUGCCAGGUAGGGCAGCAGGAACCCUGUCUGGGUCUUAGGGGAGGAAACUGUCACUAACUUGCUGCUGGGGUGGGGUGGGGAGCAGGUGGCAUGUCCUCCCUGGGCCUCAGUUCCCUGUCUGCAGGGAGCGGCACCUCUUUAUAGUUUUCUGCACUUGCCCUCUCGUAGACCCUCUGAGAUCUUAGGGAUCCCCCAUCCCUCUCCUUAUUUCAUAGGCCAACCCUCCCCAUCCCCCAGAGCAAAAACCACCUCCUCCUGGCCUUUUGAGUUUCCUCCUCUGCUGCCCAGACCUUUGCCCCAGGCCAGAGCAGAGGCAUCCCUACCAGGGUGGCCCCUGAUGUUCCGUGAGCUUGGACACCCAGGGUGGGGCACAGGAAGGAGGGAAGUGCUCAGGUCAGCGCUUUCCCCCCAGACCUCCUCCCACACCACAGAAGCUGGUCCUUCAGCUCAAAACCUGGCUUUGGUCCUCUCAGUUGCUCUGCAGGGCCCUCUUAGGAGACCCUUCUAAUCUGGAAGAAAACCAGCCCCAAACUGUUCAUCCAAAGAGAUCCUUGCAGAGAGUCCUUUGUGAGGUUCUUGGUGUUGUGAGGUCGAGAGAGGGAGAGGACCAGAAGGUGGAUGUUCUGGGGGCCCCUUUCUUGCCUUCCCUGUGAGUCGGGGAGGAGACCUCUCUGGCAGGGCACACUGCAGACUUGCAAGGUCUGCCUCUGGGAAGACCAGCCCAGGCUGUGAAGAACUGGCCUCCAAUUCUUGGUGCUGGAAGCUGGAGGCCUGGGCAAGAGUGAACCAUGGAGCUACGUGUGGGGAACAAGUACCGCCUGGGCCGGAAGAUCGGGAGCGGGUCCUUCGGAGAUAUCUACCUAGGUGCCAACAUCGCCUCUGGUGAAGAAGUUGCCAUCAAGCUCGAGUGUGUGAAAACGAAGCACCCCCAGCUGCACAUCGAGAGCAAGUUCUACAAGAUGAUGCAGGGGGGAGUGGGAAUCCCGUCCAUCAAGUGGUGCGGAGCCGAGGGAGACUACAACGUGAUGGUCAUGGAGCUGCUGGGGCCCAGCCUCGAGGACCUCUUCAACUUCUGCUCCCGCAAGUUCAGCCUCAAGACGGUGCUGCUCCUGGCCGACCAGAUGAUCAGCCGCAUUGAGUACAUCCACUCCAAGAACUUCAUACACCGGGACGUCAAGCCCGACAACUUCCUCAUGGGGCUGGGGAAGAAGGGCAACCUGGUGUACAUCAUUGACUUCGGCCUGGCCAAGAAGUACCGGGACGCCCGCACCCACCAGCACAUCCCCUACCGGGAAAACAAGAACCUGACUGGCACUGCCCGCUACGCCUCCAUCAACACCCACCUGGGCAUCGAGCAAAGCCGUCGAGAUGACCUGGAGAGUCUGGGCUACGUGCUCAUGUACUUCAACCUGGGCUCCCUGCCCUGGCAGGGCCUCAAAGCGGCCACCAAGCGCCAGAAGUACGAGCGGAUCAGCGAGAAGAAGAUGUCGACGCCCAUUGAGGUCCUCUGCAAAGGCUACCCCUCUGAGUUCUCAACAUACCUCAACUUCUGCCGUUCGCUGCGGUUCGACGACAAGCCCGACUACUCCUACCUGCGCCAGCUCUUCCGCAACCUCUUCCACCGUCAGGGCUUCUCCUAUGAUUAUGUCUUCGACUGGAACAUGCUCAAAUUCGGUGCAGCCCGGAACCCCGAGGACGUGGACCGGGAGCGGCGAGAGCACGAGCGCGAGGAGAGGAUGGGGCAGCUCCGGGGGUCCGCCACCCGGGCCCUGCCCCCUGGCCCGCCCACUGGGGCCACCGCCAGUCGGCUCCGCAGUGCGGCCGAGCCUGUAGCUUCCACCCCUGCCUCCCGCAUCCAGCAAGCUGGCAAUACUUCUCCCAGAGCGAUCUCACGGGUCGACAGAGAGAGGAAGGUGAGCAUGAGGCUACACAGGGGCGCACCCGCCAACGUCUCGUCCUCCGACCUCACUGGGCGGCAAGAGGUCUCCCGGAUUUCAGCCUCACAGACGAGCGUGCCAUUUGACCACCUCGGGAAGUGAGGAGCCACCAGCGGACCAGUAUUUGCUUAGUGUCUUCACUGUAUUUUCUUUUAAAAAAACAACAAAAAGAUGGGGAAAAAAAACCACUCGAACAAAAAGAAACAAAACCCAGCACAAAACCAACGAUGGAUUCUAUUUCGAGUCUUUUUUUUUUCUUUUUUUUUUCUUUUUUUGCCAAUGGCAAGAAGAUGGGAUGCCCUCGGCAUAGAGGAUCCUCGUCCCUUCGCACUUCCCGCUGCCCACAGCCUUCAGGCUGCCAAACGCUCCCAGACAUCAGGCUCCACUUGGCGGACGCCACGGCCCUGCCACGGCCGCCGCCUGACAUGGCUGGGAGGGGGACACUUCUGCACUGGAGCUGCAGCAGGUCCUCACGGGCCCUCAGGAGGUGGCCUGAGGAGCUGGGGGAAUGGAUUGGUUGGUCAGAGGCAGGUCCCACUGGGUAUCCAUGAGCUUUGGGACCACGGGAGACGUGUGCAGCCCCACCCCCCUGAGAUGACGGCCGCCGACUUUAUGUGUUGGGCUUUUGCCAGUGCCCCCCUCAGCGUUUGGGUCCCUUCUUUGCCUGUCCACAGAGACCUUGAGGAGGGGGUGGUGAGGCAGGGGGGCCAGGAGUCCUUGUGGGUGUGUGUGUAUGUAUCUGACCUGUAUCUCCCAGGACAGCAGAUGUGCCGCCCACCUGCCAGGCCGACUUUGUGUUCUCAUGCCCCUGACGAGGACAUGGGGGUGGGCGGUGACCUCCAUGCCCCUCAAGGAGGGCACAGAGGGUCUUUGACACCACCGACCCCGAGACUGUCAUCAGCCUGUGGUCCCCCUUUUCUGGUCUUAGGGCAGAAUCUGUGGAGACUCCUUUCAGAAGGCAUCUGGCUCCUGGGUUAUACAUUAAUUCCCUGGUCCUGACACUCACCUGGGGUCAGGCCUGGGCACUGGAUUUAUCCAUCCUGCCUAGUUAACACUCGUUUUUACUUUAUUUUUGUUUGUUUUUUUCCAUGUGUGUAUUUCCUAAUUUAUUUACCUCUGUUUCCCCUUUAUUUUCUUUUUCUUUUUUUUUAAUUAAAGAGCAAAGCUUUUUAUUACUUUGUAAUUUAAAAAACAAAAAAAAUACUGAUGAACUUUGGGGGGAAUUUUGUACUUUUUUCCUGUGUAAAUAUUGGACUUUUUUGAGCUUUAUUGUGGUUGUUAAUUUGAAGUAAUAAAGUAGAAAAGGAUAAAGUGA